UCUGGGCCUCACAUGAAUUCGGCCUGACUUCAACUAUUUUCAGGGUUUUAAGGAGCCACAGGUCCCGAACAUCUCUAGUCAAGUCUCUGUGUUUUCAUAUUUCUGGAAGUUCCCAUCUAAUCGCAUCUUUCUCUCCGCCGCCUCGUCACGAAUCAUGGCUCGCCGAAGCUCCGGAGGAAGAUCUGCUUCCCGUGCACCCCCUCGUCAUGCACCGGUGCGAAACCCACCUCAGCCAGUUAACCAUGCUCCUCCUCCAGCUCCUGCGCAGGCCAGUGGUGGUGGAUCCAUUCUAGGAGGCAUUGGUUCGACCAUAGCCCAGGGAAUGGCUUUUGGCACUGGAAGUGCAGUGGCCCACAGGGCUGUGGAUGCUGUGAUGGGUCCUCGCACUAUUCAACAUGAAACUGUGGCCUCCGAGGCCGCUGCUGCCCCAGCUCCUACCACAAACAGUUUUGGUGGCUCUGAUGCAUGCAACAUCCACUCCAAGGCAUUCCAGGAUUGCUUGAACAACUAUGGAAAUGACAUCAGCAAGUGUCAGUUCUACAUGGAUAUGCUAGCUGAGUGCAGGAGGAACUCCGGUUCUAUGUUGAAUGCCUAGACACUCCCCGUUGCUUUGCCAUGCAAUGGAAACUUUGCACCAGUGAACCUAAUUUUAUGUUUGUUAUGAUGGUGAUAUGGUACUCCAUUUAUGGUUGAAGAUUGGUUUAUAAUAAUUUACAUCAGAAGAUACUGAUAAGGUCGUUAAGCAUUUUGUUCUUAUUGGAACUGGGAAAUUAUACAAUCCUAUUUUGAUUUU